CCUAACCACUAUCACGAGAAUGAUCACUUUUCAUUGGUUUUGACUUAAUGAAUGAAGCUCCAUUUAGAUUUUGGUUAAUUUAAAUCAAUCAAAAGAGUUAUUAAUCAAGCAUUCAAAGCUUCUGGCCUCCCUCGAUGAGUAAGAACUGUGAUGUGAAGAAAAAAAAAAAACACAGGCGGCUCCGAUUGUAGACCACACCCGCGGCUCCUUUAAAUACUCAAAGCUAACGCGCGCACUAGCAAGCGGGCAGACGUGCAGGUGGAAAGCAAGAUGGCAGAAGGUAACAUCACUUCCAAAGUCGCCGGGUUUGACUUUGAGAAGAAUUUUGACUUCGAGGAAGCUCAAAGAUGGAUGGCCGACUACUGGGCUACAUCAUUGGUGAUCAGCGCGCUGUACGCCGCCCUGGUGUUUGGAGGUCAGCGCUACAUGAGGUUCCGUCCAAAACUGGACUUGCGGCGGCCUCUGUUUGCCUGGUCGCUCACGCUCGCCCUCUUCAGCGCCAUGGGUGCGGCGCGCACGGGCCGCUACGCGUUGGACGUCCUAAACCGGGGCGGCUGGCGACGUUCCGUCUGCGAGCAAGGCUUCUAUGACGGGCCCGUCAGUAAAUUCUGGGCCUUCGCCUUCGCCGUCAGCAAGGUGCCGGAGCUGGGUGACACGGCGUUCGUGGUGCUCCGGAAGCAGCGGCUAAUAUUCCUGCACUGGUACCACCACGCCACGGUGCUGCCGUACUCGUGGUUCUCGUACAAGGAGGUGGCGGCGGGCGGUGGCUGGUUCAUGACCAUCAACUACGCCGUGCACGCGCUCAUGUACUCCUACUACGCCUGUCGCGCCGGCGGGCUAAGGGUGCCGCGACUGCUGGCGGCGCUCCUGACGGCGGCUCAGCUGACUCAGAUGGUGGCGGGCCUGGCGGUCAGCGGCCUGACGUACCACUGGACGCCAAGCCCCGACUGCAAGGCGCGACCCAUUCACGUGGCCUGGGGGGCGCUGUUGUACCUCAGCUACUUGCUGCUGUUCGCCCGCUUCUUCUACCAAGCCUACCUGCGGCCACGAUCCAAGACCCUGUAGCUGCUUCUGCGUCUUCAUUUUAGGAACUUACAAGUCACUUCCGGUUGAUUUUGGAUCACUUCCUGCAAAUUUUUGAUGAUUACAUGUUUACAUUAGGACAUUCCCAGGUCUCUUCCUGUUCAUUGUUGUUGACUUUGGGUCACUUCCUGCACAUUUUGGGGCAUUCUAGGCUCACUUUCUGUACGUUUAGGAUCAUUUCCUGUUGAUUUUAGGGCAUUUCCAGGUCAUCUCUAUUGUUUCCUCAGGUUUUUGGUUCGCUUUUUGUUGGUUUUGGGGCUCUUACAGGCCACUUCAUGUCUAUUUUAGGCUGUUUCCAGGUCACUUCCUGUUCAUUGGUCACUUUCUUUUAAUUUGGGGACAUUUCCAGGUCAAUUCCUGUUGGUUAGAGGCUUAAUUUGUAAUUCAUACGGUGCUGCAAGCAAAGUACAUAUGACAGCGCAGGGAGGACGAGACGGGCACAGGUCCCGGAACAUAUGCAGAAAAUGGUGCUGAAAACACCACGCAAAUGCCAACUUGCCAUGCUGUGGGAUUUACAAGCCUCAAUUUCAGAUAAAUUAGAGAGGUCGGGUACGAUCACGUCAUUUUCAAAGUAUCGGAAUCGGCAAAAAAAUAUCGGACAUGCCUUUUUAUAUAUAUAUAUAUAUAUUUUUUUAAUUAAAUCGUUUUCUAAUUGUAUUUAACGUUACAGACACUCUUCCAGAGUCUUUAAGGUUAAGGUAGGGUUAUCAAAUUUAUCGCGUUAACGGCGAGAAUUAAUAUUUUUUACAUUUAUCACGUUACAAUAUAUAACGCAAUUAACGCAUGCGCUGCACGACCCACUCACACAUUGUCGCGUUCAAUCUAUAAUGGCGCCGUUUUACCCAUACAGUAUAUAGAGCUAAAAGGCAGCGUGAUAUGAGUAGAGUGAAUUUUGGCAGCCUUUGGAGCCUUUUUUUAAAUGGCUAAAGCCUUACAAUUCCUCUCCCAAUGAUUAGAAUAACCGUGGGAAGCAAUGUGGGGAAGAAAGGUAGUAGUUGAUCUUUUUCUUAACACCCCAUGUUGUUUCCGAACACAGAGAAGAUAUAUCAAUUGGUACCACGACGCACAGUCAUGGCUGCACUUCCCAUCAUGCAUUUGGGCAGAAGUUAAAUGGCUACAGUAUCAUUUACUGAAAGCUCAACAAAUACACUAGAUGGCAAUAUUUAGUCACAAUAUACAAAGUCACAUUUAUCCUUUAAGAAGUCUUUCUAUCCGUGGAUCCCUCUCACAGAAAGAAUGUUAAUAAUGUAAACUUGAGGAUUUAUUGUCAUAAUAAACAAAUACAGCACUUAUGUACUGUAUGUUGAAUGUAUAUACUCGUCCGAGUUUUAUUCAUUUUUUUCUUAAUGCAUUGCACAAAUGUAUAUGAUCGGGAAAAAUUAUCGGGAAUGAUUGGAAUUGAAUCGGAGCAAAAAAAAAGCAAUCGGAUCGGGAAAUAUUGGGAUCGGCAGAUACUCAAACGAUCGGGAUCAGAUGGGGAGCAAAAAACAUCAUCGGAACAACCCUAGUAUAAAUGUUAUGACAACAAUUUACAGUUAUUUAGGCUGUACUCUGCACAGCACGGGCAAUUGCCCACGUAACCACAGGUGGGACUUAUAGUACACAGUCAGCAAUUAGUUCAGGAGGGCCGAGAACCAAAAGUGGUAUUUGCCAUGUGCAAAAUGGAUUUUGCAAUGUGGCAUUUUUUUUUGCCAUGUGGCAAAAUGGAUUUUGACAUGUGGCAUUUUUGGGGGUUGAAUGUCAAUGUGCUGUAAUGGUAAGUGGAUGGUCAAAAAUCACAACCACACAUUUUUCUGCCAUUUAAAAUGAAUAGAAAAUUUGGACGUGCAUAGCAGUCAAUGGCAUGGAGGUGCAUGGCCUGCAAAACUGCCAUGGAAAAAUGGAUUUUGACGUGUGGCAUUUUUUGGGGGGUUGAAUGUCAGUUGAAUGUCAAUGCGCUGUAAUGGUAAUUGGAUGGCCAAAAAUCACAGCUACACGUUUUUUCUGCCAUUUAAAACGGAUGGAAAAUUUGGACGUGCAUAGCCAUCAGU